GAAGAAAAUGGAGGAUGAAGAAAUUGAUCUCAGGGAUAUUGUCAGAAUCAAUAUAAAGGUUCUACAAUUUUUUGGAAAUAUGUAUCCCAAAUUGAAUUCACCCAGCGUAAUAUUUCGCUAUAUACUGAGAUUUUCUAUAUUUUUUGGAUUUUUUUUCAUGGGCAUAGUAGCUGGAGAACUAAUAAACUGGUACCUGAGUGUAGGCGACCUACAGGCAAUGGUCAAUGCGAGUUUUCUCACUUUAUCCAAUAUCGUAUCGAUGGUGAAAUUCUACGCCAUCUUCAGACACCAGAACAGACUUUCCAUCCUGCUAGAAUCAACAAACAGAGAAGAAUUCCGACCUAAAAAUCAACAACAGAAAUAUAUUCUGAGAGAGCACAUCAAUACGAUGAAUAUAAUCUCUCUGCUGAUGUAUGGAGGUUGCAUUUUCACUUGUGCGUUUUGGGCUAUUUGUCCAUUCACUGAGAAAAAUGGACCUUAUAUGCCCAUAGCAGCUUGGAUGCCUUUUGAUACGUCCAAAGAGUCGACCUAUUUUGGAGUUAUAUUCGCAUACGAGAUAAUUGGCACAGUUAUUGGGGGGCUUACUGAUCUGAGUGCUGACUGUCUGAUUACUGGAUUCCUUAUGGUCGUAUGUGCCCAAUUGAAAGUACUGAACAACUCGUUGGUCAACAUCCGCCAAUUCGCUCUUCGAGAAUUACAAAAUGGCAAUAUGAUCUGCCGGUACUACGAUGACGAUGAUGAAGUUGAUAUUGAUGUAGAACCCGAAAAAAUAGGAGAGAAGCUGCAGGCAGUUAUGGACAGGAAAUUGAUAGAUUGUGUUAUUCACCACAGAUCCAUCAUAGAAUUUGCUGAGGAGGUCACUUUCCUAUUUAAUCACAGUAUUUUAGGACAGUUCAUAGUUAGCGUCAUCAUCAUAUGUACCACCCUUUUCGAAAUGACCCAGGUAUCUUUCCCAAGUGUGAAGUUCUUCUCCUUGAUUCUAUAUCAGUACUGCAUGUUGAUGGAGAUUUUUAUCAUGUGCUAUUUUGGGAAUGAGGUCAUCAUAGAAAGCAACAAACUGACAAACUUCGCCUACCAUUGCGACUGGACUCCGUGCUCGCUUCAAUUCAAAGGAAAUCUACUCUUCUUCAUGACUAGGUCCCAAAUGGUUCUGAAACUGUACGCCGGAGGAUUCUUCACUUUAUCUCUGGACACUUUUGUCCGUAUCCUGAAGUCGUCUUGGUCAUACUUUGCUGUUCUCAUCCAGGUCAACAAGGACAAAUCUGGACUAUGAAAUAUCACGACGAAGCAUUCUGUAUAAUUGAUGACGAUUUUGCAAUAUCUGAUUACACAAUUAUUGUUAGUAUACCUACAGAUUAAUCCAGGUUGAUCUAUAUUGAGAAGGAAACAAUUUAUUCAGUGUAUGCAAGCACUGAAUGGAGUUAUGUAAUGUAAAAUUGGUGGAAAAUUCGACAAAAAUGAAAAAUACUAAAUAGCAAUUUGCAGAUCACAUCAAUUUCCUAUCCAUUUUCCAUUUAUCACAAUGGGCGAGUGAACUGAUAAUGAAUUAUUGGCAUUCAUUCACUCCAAUGUGACCUGAAUCAAUUUUUGCAACACUCCUCACGCUUUUUAUGUAAAUAAUGAGUGUAUGCGUUGUUCGAAAUUGUUGAAUUCCAGAGCUCAUUUCAAACGUAUCGUCAUGGCCGCCAUUUGGUCAUGUUCUGCGAUACGUCGAAUAAAUGAUGACGUCAGUUUCA